GUAGUCGCAAUAUUCCUAAGUGGCUAACGUAGUCAUUCCGCAUGGGUCGCCCGUGAUUCAAGAAGUAUAGUACAGUCGCAUUAUUGCAUAUUAUCUCACUACAUGCAUCUUAAACAUGAUCUACAGGAUACCCCUUGAAGAACGAGUCAUUUCGAUGCAUGUUUCCAUUCUGAUCUACUGGCACGCCCUGGAAAGUGCCAACAUGAUCAGAUGGAUGUUCCGGAAACACAUGGUUCAAACCAGUGGGUCUCGGGAGUUGAUAUGUUGUUCGCU